CCAUUCUGUACUCCAAAUAUUUUAAGUCUAGCUUUCUAUAAAAACUGAAAGCCAAUAUCAGAAGGUGCCAUGAAGACCCUUUGCGGCUUCCUUCUUUUCAGUGUCUUAGUCCUUUGGGUGGUGCUGCCACCUGCAAGUUUGGAAGGGACAACAGUGAGACCUGGACGCUGCCCUCCUUUUUCCAAAAUAGGAUGUGUUGAACCUCAGCAAGAUAGAUGCAAAGUGGAUGCAAAGUGCCCAUGGCCAAAGAAAUGCUGUUAUCAACCCUGUUCUCUUCGUUGUGUGGAUCCUAUAAAAAGGAUAGAUUAAUACCUUGAUGUGAACCUAUGGAAAUAAUGCCUUACAAAACACCCCAUUGUUUCUCUCUACUGGCAUAGCAAAGAUUCACACAUGAUUCUAAAUAUACUAAACUUAAGCAACAGGA